UCGACAUAACUGAAUACCAUUCAUGCCUGAAUGUUGGACACUGUAGCCUGCCAUACGCGCUAAAGGCGUUAAGUGAACCAUAUGCACGGUGGUCAAACGCUUAUCCAUUUUUGUGAAUCAGUACACUUUGAGUGUAUUGUGGUUUUACUGAAGUAGGCUACCUGUCUCUGAAGGAAAUUUAACCACAGAAAGAAUGGGCUGUGCAAUAUCCGGUACGACGCCUAGAACCGCAGAAGAGACGAAAGCCGAGGAUGCCGUUGCGCAUCUCAACGAGGAGCAGAUCCAGAUGAUCAAGGAGUCGUGGAAAGUUAUCCAAGAGGACAUUGCCAAAGUUGGGAUUAUUAUGUUUGUCAGGUUGUUUGAGACCCAUCCAGAGUGCAAGGAUGUUUUCUUCCUGUUCCGAGACGUGGAGGACCUUGAGAGACUACGGACUAGCCGGGAGCUUAGGGCACACGGUCUACGAGUGAUGUCCUUCAUUGAGAAGAGUGUAGCCAGACUUGACCAGCUGGAGCAACUGGAAGGUUUAGCUGUGGAGCUGGGGAAAAGCCACUACCGCUACAGCGCCCCGCCUAAAUACUACAGCUAUGUAGGAGCAGAGUUCAUCUGUGCUGUCCAACCCAUUCUCAAAGAGAAAUGGAACAGAGAUCUGGAGGAGGCGUGGAAGACCCUGUUCCUCUACCUGACUACAUUUAUGAACCAUGGCUACCAGGAGGAGGAGAACUGCCAGAAUCACACGGCAGUUUCGCCCAAGGACCGGCCAGACAAGAGAAACACCGCCUUAUAACUACAAGUUGUGGCAUAUGCUGUUGAGCUGUGUAUAUAGUUUAUUUAUUACUUAACAGUAUUCAUCUUCUACAUUGGUCAUGUUACUAAGUAGUUUACCAGCCUAUGGUAAAGUUAAACUGCUCCUUUUUCAUUUAUUCUUAAAUCCAUCUUGAUGGGUUCUCAACAAACUGCUGCCAGAUUGUAAUCAACAUCAAAAAAAGCAUUUUAUUUAUCCACUUAAAGUAAUAUCAGUUGUGUUCCUUAUCAAUGACAUUCAUAUACAUGGCAAUAUAACCAAGAGGACAACAAAUGAUGUAAACAGCAGCUGUGUGUCUGUCACAUGUACUGGAAAGUAAUUCUAUUCCUAAUGGAUAAUUAUCAUGGUUACAUCUAUAGCCAGGUUACACAGUAAGCAAAACAGGCAUUUGAUUAAAAACUAAAAUUACCAUGCACCAGGUACCUUCCAUAAUCAAAAAAUGCCAUUGAGAUUCUAGAAGAAUAUACUAAAUUAAGUUUCAAAAUACUUCACCCCUUGAUCUUCCAACACGACACAUCCAUCCCACAAAUGUAGAUGCUGCAG